AUGGUCCUGGAACAAAAUAAACCGAUAACUCUCAAGUUAAACAGUGUGGCGAGACAAUCUUGUCGCUAUUCGGCUAGGGAUCCAAGAUUAAGAAGUUAAUUAUUCCAAAAAAGCUACCGCCAGUAUUAUUUUUUAAAAUAGUAUACGAUUAAAUAUAAUGGAAUCUGAACGAGAAAGCCCAAAUGUGGUCUUUAGAAACAGAGGUAAUCGUGAAAAAAUCAGAGUUAAUGAUGCAGAUGCAGUUCGUGAGUCAUUACUGACUGAUACUACUUCAGGAAUUGUCAAAGGCGAUGAUGAUUCAACUAGUAUUGGUACUGUUUCUUUCUCAAGUCCGGAAAUAGAAGUCAGUAAUAGAGAAUUUGAAAAAGAAUUCAGAAACGAAAAAGUGCGCAAGAGUGUACAAUAUGAAGAAGAUAUUGAUGGAACGAAUGAAGGUGGUAUUGAAAAUGUUAAUGGUAAUAAUUAUGACAAACAAUUGACUAAGUAUGAAUUUGAAGUAAUUGAAGUUGAAAAACCAAAAUUAGAAGAUGAGAAGCUUAUAACCAGUAAUGAAAAAAAGAUUACUAUACCUGAUGGAGGCUGGGGAUGGGUUGUAGUAGGUUCAUCGUUUAUAAUAUCAAUGAUUGCUGAUGGCAUUAGCUUCUCGUUCGGUUUACUUUAUAUCGAGUUUUUGGAUGAAUUUAAAGCAAGUAAGUCAACGACGGCUUGGAUAGGCAGUCUGUUUAUCGCUGUGCCAUUGUUAUGUGGUCCGGUUAUGAGCGCACUUGUAGAUCGCUAUGGCUGUAGGAGUAUGACGAUUUUGGGAGGCAUUAUUUCAUCCUUAGGCUUUGUACUGGCUUCAAUUUCAACAACGUUGGAAAUGAUGAUGUUAACUUUCGGCGUCAUAGCUGGAUUGGGCCUUGGGCUUGUAUAUGUAACUGCAGUAGUUUCAAUCGCGUAUUGGUUUGACAAGAAAAGAAAUCUUGCGGUGGGCCUUGGAGCAUGCGGUACGGGCGUAGGCACUUUUUUGUAUGCUCCAAUGACCCAGUACUUUAUUGAAGAGUAUGGAUGGAGGGGUACGAUUCUUCUUCUAUCAGGAACGUUACUAAAUUUGUGUGUUUGCGGUGCGGUCAUGCGAGAUCCAGAGUGGUGGAUAUUGGAGCAGAAAAAGCAUAGAAAUGGCAAAGAUGAUGAUAAAAAUAAAGAAGAUGCCAAAUCUAAACUUUCAAGUUCUGUUUCAGUUGCUUAUGGUUCUGAUUCAGACGUUCUAACACACGGAAAAAAUAUGAAGCGUUUGAUAAAUAAAGGUCUCGCUCCAGACACUGUAAUAAAAGAUGAAGUCGAUAGUAUUAUUCGACGCGAGAAUUUGCUUUUAUCGAAUUCACAAUACAAAAAACCGAGAUCUGUGUCAUUAGAUCAUAUACCAACGCACCUAAAUUACCCAAGUAAGAAGUCAAAUUUAAUUUUAAACCCAUCAGAGAAAAAUGAUAAUAACACCGACCUAACAGAAGUUAUAUGCUCGUCUUUUGAAACCAAUUCCUUGGAAAAGAAAGACAUGGGUGAAGAAAACAGAUCACAAGUACUUAAUAUUACAUCGGAAACAUUACAAAGAGCAAGAUCAGUGAAAAUAGAACAUCAUAACGAUAAAUUACUUGAAAAUAAUCAAUCCGAACAUCCAAAUCUUGGUGAAGUCGAAAAAUCGUUCUCAGAAACAAAGGAAAGAAAGGCUUUAUUAAAACAGGAUAGCAAGGAAAGCAAACGCGAUUGGUUUAAAAAACAAUUAUCAAUAAAUCACCACUACUUAAAUGAUCUCAAAAUGCCGUUGAAUUCCAUCAGCCACAGGAAUGCAAUGCUUAAUAUUAAGAGAUAUAAAUUAAAGGCAUCCUCUUGUCCGGAUAUCUUCAAGAAUUCCAUGAUAACAGUUAAUGAACAAGAAGAGCAUUGGUCUGCAGACUGCGUCACCUGCCUCGCCGACAUGUUCAACGUAACUCUUUUCAAAAAGGUCACCUUCAAUAUUCUUUGCUUCAGUACUAUCAUCAUAUUCAUAUGGUUUAUCGUCCCUUAUUUCUAUCUUGCCGAGCAUAUGACGCAAAGGGGUUAUAAGGAAGAAGAGGGAGCCUUUAUGUUGAGUUUAAUUGGCAUCACUAACACAAUUGGAAUGGUGACUCUCGGUUGGAUUGGCGAUUUCCCGAAUGUUUCAGUUGGAACGCUUUACGCAGUUUGUCUCAUUUUUUGCGGAGCAUCCGUUGCUGCAAUACCACCAGCCUCUAUUCAUUAUUGGAUUUUGGCCUCUACUUCUGCAGCGUUUGGGUUGCUAUUUGCAGCAUCCUUUACAUUUACUCCGAGUCUCUUGGUGAAAUUGGUGACUUUGGAUGACUUUACAGCUGCCUACGGAUUAGUUUUGUUGGCUCAAGGAAUAGGACAUUUGAUUGGACCGCCAUUAUCAGGGCUUAUUUAUGACUUAACAUUGUCCUGGGAGCUGUCAUUCUACUUGGCCGGUGGAUGGCUCGUCGUUGCUGGAUUACUCAUCGCCUGCAUACAUCCCAUCAAAGUCUACCAGCGGAGGCGCCUACUUGCUGAAAAAAGCCAAAUUAAAAAUGGCGUGGCUUAAAUCUUAACGACAUUAUAAUUAAUUUAUAAGGAUAUAUUGUACGAGGUACACAUUCCUGUAGUAAUCAAAUAAUAAUUAUUCUUAUUAGUACAUAUAUACCCUAUAUAAUUAUCGACUGCCUCGUUGGUUUUGUGGCUUGAUGUAAGGCCGCGGACCCGGAGGUCCUGGGUUCAAUUCCCAGGUCGGGCCAAUAAAAAGUUAUUGGGUUUUCUAUCAGAACAUUCUCAGUAGCAGCCUGGAGUCUGGAAGCUGGAAGUGUGUACACUCCCGUGCCUCGGAAAGCACGUAAAGCCGUUGGUCCUGCGCCUGAACUCUUACCGGUCGUGUCGGAUCGUCGUCCCAUCGGAUUAUGAGAGUUAGGGAAUAGAGAGUGCACCUGUGUUUGCGCACACACUUGUGCACUAUAAUAUCUCCUGCGUAGUUGGCUAAUCUCUCUUGAGAUUGGCCGCCGUGGCCGAAAUCGGUCUGGAGGACAUUAUUAUAUAAUCAUAUUAUCUACAUGGUCGUUUUUUUAACUAACAAAUAUUUAGGCUUGUAAUAGUCCAACAUUUUAUUUUCACUUUCAUGAAUAACAUGUUAUCUAAAUUAUUGUAUUCGAAUCAGUAUUUAUAAAGUAGACUAGUUUAAAAACUAUAAUGAAAUAUGACUCUGAUAUUUAUAAAUUCGUAGAGUUCCGUAUAAUCUAUGUCAAUAGCCAGUAGUGAUCUUAAUAUGCCUAAUCGGUUUUUUAUUAAGUACUUAAAUGUAAUCAUAUUUAAUCAAAUCAUCUAUGAGGAAAUAUUUAACGUUUAUUUAAAUUUAUAUGUCUUCUUCAUUCGAAUGUCAAAUCUAUGAUGUCGGAAAGAGAGAAAGCAGUGGUAACACGACACCCUUUGAAUAACGUUAGUAUUAAACUAUUAAUGCCGUUAGUGUUAGAGAUUGGGAAGCUAAACAUAUAUCGAUAAUAUUCGAAGCGAUGAUAGCUUCGCUUUCGUCUAAAUUAUUACGUAUAUAAAUUGUGCACAAAUUCGAAACUCACGACAGUAAACAGUCGUAAAAUGUUAAAAAGUGAUAUAGGAUAUUGAUUAUUAUUAUUAUAAUUUUACAAGAUACACGCAUCAAAAUAGCGUAUCACCGUUAGUCGGUUGAAACAUUUCACGAGUGAUAUACACAGUGUGAUAAAGUAUAUAGCACUGAGGUCUAAAUGCUUGUACAGCAUUUUCAAGCAGAUUUGUUAAUUGCUUAUAAUUAGAGCAUUGAAGACAGUCUGAAAAUAUAUAAUAUGCAAUCGGUAUGUAUCCGUUGAUUUGCAAAGUUGCAAAUAUGAAUGUUUUUUUUUUAAAAAGUAAUUUUACAUUAUUAGCGAAAUGAAUCAAUUGCAAAAUUUUUAUUAUUAAAGUCAGUGAGUAAAAUUACAAUCUUGAUAACAAUAUUCAAUUUCUGUGAUUUGUACGAAUUUUACAUUUUUAGACAGUUAUAUAUUUUUAUUGUAUUCGUACAGCGCCGCUUUGUAAUAUUUUAGAUAAUUUGUAAUCAUUGUUCAAAUGUAAUAUGAUACUUGUAGAUUUUUUUCUUCGAAAAAGAUCUAUUUUACUACAAAAAUUUUAUUAUAAUAUAUAAUCAAUCAAUAUUUGUAACAUUUUUUUUUAAAUAUAAUAAAACUAAAUAAAAAAAUAAUAAUUAAUUCAAAUCGUAAUCGAACAAUUUCUUACUAUUUUAUAAUUAAUAAUGUAUAUUCCUACAUACUUAUAUAUGAAGUUUAUUCCAAUCGAAAAAGGAGUAAGGUUAAAUAAACCUUAGAAUUACAUAUUCCUUGCGAUUUGCUGAAUACCUCUAUUAUAUUGCGCACUAAAAACUGAUCUUUAAGGAUAUCGUGUCAAUUUAAUGUCAAAUUUGUUAAUUUUUCUUUAUUCCUUUUGUGAUUGGAAUAGUUGCAAUAAUUAAGAUUUUUGAAAAUAUAAUCAAUUUUAUAAGACUAAUAAAAACAAUGCUUAUCUAUAUUUUAAUGUGUAAACACUGAAUAUUGUCUAAAUAGAACUGUUCGAAUUUCAACUGAGACUUGACUUGUAUGGUAAUUUAAUAAAAUCCGUCAC